AAUGCUUAUGACAGUCUGGGUGAUUUCAAAAAAGGCAUAGAGUACCACAACCUACAUCUUAAAAUAGCUAAAGAAGUAGGAGACAAGCAUGGGGAGGGUGGUGCUUAUGGCAAUCUUGGCAAUGCUUAUAGCAGUCUGGGUGAUUUCAAAAAAGCCAUAGAGUACCACAACCUACAUCUUAAAAUAGCUAAAGAAGUAGGAGACAAGCAUGGGGAGGGUGGUGCUUAUGGCAAUCUUGGCAAUGCUUAUAGCAGUCUGGGUGAUUUCAAAAAAGCCAUAGAGUACCACAAGCUACAUAUUAAAAUAGCUAAAGAAGUAGGAGACAAGCAUAGGGAAGGUAGUGCUUAUGGCAAUCUUGGCAAUGCUUAUGACAGUCUGGGUGAUUUCAAUAAAGCCAAAGAGUACCACAACCUACAUCUUAAAAUAGCUAAAGAAGUAGGAGACAAGCAU